AGCCAUUACGUUUAACGCUAGUGCGUUUAACAGUAAUAGUAAACUUUAUUAUACGUCAUGUGAUCAUCUUAUCGUUCAAUGCAAACAGGUUCAUAUGCUAUAUAUCGCAGUAAAACUAUAAACAAACUUUAACUAUGAAUGCAGCGUUUCGUUGUUUGCAAGUCGGAUGUAUUUUGAUUUACGAAUAAUCAGUGACUAAAUUAAGAUAACACGUGUUCAAUCGAUAAGUUAGAUUCCUUUACACCUUAGUGCAAAUAUUCUUAAAGCAAUUAUGAUUAAAGGAGGCAGAUGUUGUGUUGGAAAAUGUUAAAUCAUGAAAACAUACGUAUAAAGAAGGAUGCACGGGAACGUUAACGGUUAAACAUGUAAACAGAAUUUGGCUUAAGUUCUGUAAACACUCAGAUACGUCAGUUUUAGGUCUACAUUUAAAAGCGUAUGAUAGAACAACAUGUCCGUCAGCAAUUUACUUUCUUGUGAGCCUUGCAAAUAUCGAGGCUUAACCUCGUCAGCUGUGAAGUACUGUAAAUCCUGUCAAGAGCAAUUAUGUAAAGAAUGUGUAGAUUUUCAUAAAUCAUUCAAAGUAACGCGAGAUCAUUUAUUGGUAAAUACAGAAGAUCAACAAUCUCUCAAACUAUGCCUAGAUGUGGAAAACCUUCGAAUGUGUAAAGAACAUUUAAACAAGCAAUCCGAGUUCUACUGUUUGACUCAUGAUGCACUGCUGUGCAGUUUGUGUCUGCUUAAAUCUGAACAACACAGGAACUGUAUCAGUGAAAUUGUUGAAAUUGAAUGUGUUGGUAAAUCAUUAAUUGAUAGUAAAUUUACAGACAUGGCUAGAGGGGAAUUUCGUAAUAUGAUUGUAAGUGCUCGUCACAUUGUUAAUGAAAUGAAAGAAGCUAAGGACACAACAAGUAAGAGUGUCGAAGCAAUCAAAUCCGAAGCAGAUGCCCUUCGUCGUAAAGUUAUUGAAGUGCUUGAUCGUCAAAUCCAGAAAAUUGUCAAAAAAGCAAAAAAGGUUAAUGAGAAGAAUAAUGAUAAGUAUGCAAAAACAAUAGAAAAUAUGGAGAAAAUAAUUAAAGAAGCGGAGGACAAUGAAAAAAUAUCUGAAACCAUUUUAGUGUCAGGAACACCAGCAGAUGUCUUCAGGUGCUUGAUUUCUGCCCUACAACAAAUGAAGGAUUAUAAGAUUGAGAUAGAUCAACAUGGUACAAGUAACUACAAGCAAGAAAUUAUCAUGGAAAAAUCAGAUUUGAUAAAACAGUUAGAGACACAUGAAAAACCUUUGAUUGGUUUUCAUGUAAACUCGUCAAAGAUUAGAUCCUGUCCUGCAUUUCCAAAUGAAGGUAUUAACGAUGACUUAAAAACACAAUUUGCUGCAUUACUGAACGAAAACAGACACAAUGUCGUAACUGGAGAUGUAAAACAAAAAGGUAAAGUUAAUAUGGAGGGAGCUCCUUCAGACAUCCGCGAGCACACUUUCACGACAGAACGUGAGUUACAAACAAUGACCGAACAGUGUAAGCAGAAGACAGCAGAACUAGAUAAUAAAUCAUCCCCUAUGUCAGACAUACUAAGGAAUUCAAGUGACGAAGCUACAGAACGAAGGAAAAGCAACACCAAGGAGCUAACAAAAUGUCAACAGGAUAUUGUUGCUAACUGCGAACUGGAACUUAAACAUAGUUACAGUUUUAAUGUUUCAUCGCCAGACAGCAAGGUGCCAUGGUUCGGUGGAAUAGCGAUUCUCCCAAACGAACGAUUACUUUUAUCGGAUUUGAAUAAUUCUAGACUUAUUCUUUUAGACGAUGACAAUCAAGUGUUAUUGACAAAGAGCCUUAAAUAUGAACCUGGAAAUAUUUCUCUCAUAAAUACAAACUGUCUGGCUAUUUGUCUUAUGAAAACAAACCAAAUCCUUUUGAUUGACAUAAGCAAACAGGAGUUGAGGGAAAAGAAACAUUUGCAGACAAAGUACCAUCCGAAAUGUAUACAGCCGGCGGCUGGCAAGAUGUUAGUUUCGUCUCAGGAUGGAAAUGGUGAAUGGAAUUUGGAUCUUAUGACGAUUGAGGGGAAAAUUUGUAGAAAAAUAGAACACAGAAUGUUCGACGGCUAUAGAAUUGCAGUCCAAACAUUAUCGGGUGUAACGGAAGAUUUUCGUAUAGUACAGUAUUGUGAGAUUACAAAUAAUUUGCAGUGCUUUGGCUCUGAUGAUUCCUUUGUCUUCGAUUAUGGUGUUGAACGGGGAACGUCUGUAGUCACAGACUCAAACGGUUAUAUAUUUGUUAUACGUUAUACAGGCGAGGUUCAAGUAUUGAGUCCAAAUGGCCAAUAUUUGCUAAAACUCCACAGUAAAACUAUGUCCAAAUCAAAGUUUGCAGCGUUCAAUCAGACGAUGGAUAAAUUAUUCAUAACAACGUAUAAAGAGCCAAAAAUUCAUGUUUUGACUGUAAAACGAACGGUUAUUCUGUAGAUGGUGUUCUGACUGCCGCUAGGUUGAAACUGAGUGUCCGAGUGGUUAAGGUCGCUGACUUCAAAUCAAUUGUCCCUCACCGAUGUGGGUUCGAGCAUCACUCGGGGCGUUGAAUUCUUCAUGUGAGGAAGCCAUCAAGCUGGCCGGUGGUUCUACGCAGGUACCUGCUAUGGUUUGCAACGAAGUAUACAACAAGUAAUCACAAACGCAUACACGUUAGUUAGCUACAAAAUAAUGACACAAGUGUACAGACGUGAUAACCUCGGGCCGAUAAUAUCGGUGCCAAAUAAAGAACAAUGAAUUAAUAUCAUUUUAAGUUUUAAAUCCCAAUGUGCAUGUAGAAACAGUUGAAAGGGUUUUUAAAUGAAGUUUGAAAUUAUCUUAUUUAAAUCAGUAUACAUGUAGCAUUCUUGAAGAAAAAAGUAAACAAGAUGUGUAUUAUAUCUUUCCACAAAUACCGUGUUUCCAAAUAUAUAUGCGAUAAUAUAGAUAUUCAUAUAUUGCAUUAUUCGUAUUAAUUAAUUAAUAUAUAAUAUUUAAGGAGUGUGUUGAGCAGCUUUGAUUAACAAUAUAUGAUAUUCUAAACUGUUCCUAUGGA